UCCGCAGAACAACUCUAUGUCCAAAUGCGUUACAAAAGAGCUGCCUUUGACGAGGGAUAUUUUGGAGAAUACAGUUUCAGCUUUUUGUUUCUAGUUUGCGCGGGGAAUACGCCAUAACUGAUCAGUGAUCAGUGUGUAGCAGGGCAGAAGAACGAUGUCUGCUAACCCUAGGUUAUGGCGGUUCACAUGGGAAGCACAAUCUCACGUCCCAUUCAUCCGAUUGUUCAUCUUCUGUUCCUAUACUAAGCCCUCCAUCCAGUGCCAGAACCUCGAGGUCCAUCUCAAUCUCUCACAAUCUCUGGUUCUGGUGAGCUGGUUCGAAGACGUCGAAUUCUCUCUCAGGGUUCGGAUUCCUAGGGUUUCGAUCGACCCCGAAUCUCCGGUGAGUUUCCAAGCCUUAGACGAUCUUAUUGAGGUCAAGCUCUCCUUGCUUCUUCCAGUAGAUCAUCCAAUUGUUUCGAGCUUCUAUUCCGUGUCAAACUCAUGCGAAGGCCAAGAAAAUACGUCUUUCGAUGCAACAAAACCGCUAGAAUUGGGCCCUGUCUUGAUUUUGAUCCACGUGGCAUCUUCAUCUCCUUGGAAUUCAGUUUCUGUUGUAGAUCCUUCCAAUCCAUAUUACAUACAUCAUGAAGACAGUCCCGGCUCUUCGUUAGUUUCUCAAGUUUUCGAUGGUGAGAACUAUUACACCUGGAGUCAUAUCAUAGUUAUGGCAUUAAAAGCCAAGAAUAAAAUUGGCUUCAUUGACGGUACUCUGUCCAAGCCAUCAAGUGCAUCAGAUCCUCUUUCUCAAGCAUGGACCAGGUGUAACGCCAUGGUUUUCUCAUGGAUUUUGAAUUCCAUUUCAAAGGAAAUAGCAGCGAGUGUUAUCUUCAUGAACUCAGCGGAAGAAAUGUGGACAGAUUUGAAGGAGCGAUACUCUCAAAGCAAUGGCCUGAGAAUCUUCCAAUUAAAGAAAGCAAUUGCAUCUCUUUCGCAGGAGCAAGCUUCUGUCAGUACCUAUUUCACUAGACUGAAAGGCUUGUGGCAUGAACUACACUACCAUCGUCCAAUUCCAACUUGUACUUGUUCUUGUGAGGCUUUGAAGACAGUGCUUGAAUAUCAACAAGAAGAGUACAUUUUCCAACGAAUCUUUUUCAUGCAUCAGGGGCCAGAUACUACUUGAUCCGUUGCCACCAAUUAGCAAGGUAUUGUCCCUUGUUCUUCAAGAAGAAAGACCGAGGGAAAUUGCUACUGUUGGUUCUUUAAAUUUGGACCCUGCAUCUGCUGCUUUAGUCACAAAAUCAGUCACUACAUCUCAAUCUCGAUCUGGUAAACUGAAAUUGAUUCAAAAAGAAAGACCUGCUUGUGAUCAUUGUGGUUUUGUUGUACAUACGAUUGAAAAAUGCUACAACUUGCAUGGUUUCCCUCCUGGUUACAAGUUUACCAAAAGGCAAAGUUAAUUGUUCUGCAAAUCAAACUUCAGCUUCACAUGGUAAAGACUUGCUCAAUGAGACUCCGAAUCUAAGUCAGGGGUUGCUUUCAUUACUCAAGCCUCAAUCUUCAACUGAAUCACAUCCUCUGAUUCAGUAGGUAAUGUCCCAUUUCCUCAAGAUCAAAGUUCACUAACAUGACAGGUAAUUCCAUUUGUUUUUCUGCCUUUUCUUCCAUCAACCCCAAACAUCCUAUUUUUUUCCCCGUUUAACUCUAGUAAAAUUGUUUAUAGUUGCAAACCAGGGAGUAUUGAUACAGGAGUUUCUGAUCCUAGGAUAGUAGGAUCAGCUCCAUUUCUUGCUUGAUCUCUUCUAUCACCGCCAAUGUACUUUGUGUCCCCUCCUUGUUCUUUCAUCUUUAUAUCAGCAAGUAAACUCAUUAAAACCAUUCCUUCUUGUCUUAUAUUUCUUGCUCAAUUUUGUUUCAUACAGGACCUGUUCAGUUGGAAGACAACAACCAGAAUCAUCUAUCUCAAGCGUUUUCUGUUGUUAUCCUGUUAAGAAUGUUUCUGCUGAUAUACGACAUUAUAGGUUAGGCCAUUUAAACUCGUUGCACAAAUUAGUUCCUACCAUUUCUUCUCAUAAUAAUCCUGUAUGUACAUGAGUCUGUCCAGAGGUGGCAUUGCCUCUUUUGAAUGACUUAGAUCAUUUUUUUUUCGACUCCAAAAUAUUACUUUGACUUAGAUUAAUCAUGCCUUUAUGAUAAGAAACUCUACAAGACCUUCAAAGGGUAUCUUCAGGCUUCAUGUUCAUCAUAAGCUGCUGAACUAUUCCUGCAGAAAUAACUUCUGCCCUUUGAAUAAGCUUUUCCAUCUUUCUAAAGAGGCAAUGGCCUUUAAUCCCUACGUUAUGUGUUUAUGAAUGCCAUUUUGCCAAGAAAAAACAAGGUGUUUCUUUCUAUGCUUAACAGUACUUGUAUGCUCAGCAUACCUUAUCAAUUAGCCUAGCCGUGACGUUCAUAGAUGAAGAAAUAUACAAGAAUAUACGUAUAGCAUAACCUUAUCAUUAACGUGCGACACCUUUGCACUGCAAUCUAUAUGUCUUCAAUGAGAGGAAUGGAGCAGCUGGUGGUUCUGGUCAGAAUAUGCCUCGAAAUGAUUGUCGGACUUUAUACGAUUUUGACCAUCAUAGAUGUUGUACGGGCGGUGAUUUGCAACGGCGGAUUUGGUUUGCAAAAUACUUAAGGAUUUACGAGAUUUGAACUUUCAUGUUUCGCGUAAUUGAGCUUCGAGGUUGUCUUUAUAUGUCUUGUGCACGUUUUAAUCAUGUUUAAUCAACAAAUCUUUCCAAUUUUUAUGUUUAUUAAGAUUGUUAGGUCCGUGCAAUUAUUAAUUUAGACUAUAUGAGACAAAUAUAUUCGUAUGUAAGAAGACUUAAAUCAUUCUGCAUCCCAAAAGAUAAUUCGACUAUUAAUAAAUCGUUUAUAGCAUUACAUCUCUAGAGAUCCUCAGUCCUAAUUUCUUAAAUACAACAAUAAAAUGUAAGAAAUCCCUAUGCUUGGACAUCUCCAAAGAACGAGAGGGAGGUAGAAAAUAGUAAGG